GGCUACGAUACUUCAAUUGGUUUUCGUGGCAGUGAACUUUCUGGUGGCCAGAAACAGCGAAUCGCGAUUGCGAGAGCUCUCCUCAGGAAACCAGCCAUCCUACUACUGGAUGAGGCCACCUCCGCUCUGGACAUGGAAAGUGAACGCGUAGUCCAGGCAGCAUUGGACAAAGCCAUGGCUACUGCAGAACGCACAAGUAUCUUGGUUGCCCACCGCCUAACGACUGUGGAAAGUUGCGACCAGAUAGUGGUACUUCAAAACGGACAAAGAGUAGAAUUUGGAAGCCCAGAAGCGCUAAUGGAGGCCAAGGGGGCUUAUUUUGCCCUUCACAAUGCUGAUACAACCGCAAAAAAGUAA